UUGUCUUUCAAAACCCCAUAUGGCCUGAUUGUGGACCGGAAAUUGGAAGGCACCAUCUCUGUGCGCCUGGCCUACAGCGUGCCUAACGCAGCAGCAACUGCCAACAUCGAUGCACAACGGACACAACAGCCACAGCGUUCAAACAACCCCAACUGCGCGGCCUAUCAUUACUACAUCUGGCCUGACUACCAGACCUCGUUCGUAUGGUAUGACGCAGGUUGGUCCGGUAAUCCAGAAGGCGAGGAUGAUGUUGAGGAAAACAAGUUGAAAAGCCAGUACUCGGCCACCUGGUGCGAUGCUCGUCAGGCCUGGGUGUACCGCUACACGGCGGCCUUCGAGGCCCAAGAGUGCGAUCUGGGCAGCGGCAAGGAGCCGUUCACGGAUGCCGGACAGGGGCGCUCCCGGCUGGUCGAGGGUAUGCUGCUGGCAUGCUGGUUGGCACUUUAG